AUGGCCAUUGUCGACGUGUCCACUGUCUGCAUUCGGGAGAGGAUCCUGGGUCGGAUCUCAGACAGCUGGCCUUGCUCAUGGGAUCAAGGUGCCAAGUUGGACAGUGCCAUUUGCGGACGAACCCCUGAUCCAGAACGCGUUAAUUCCCCUUCUGCUGCCAUGUUGCCAUACCCUACUCACACCUGCACCGUUGGCAUUGUGCAAGGCACGCGAGGGCAUGGAAAGAGCCUGGGUGGACCUCACCGGGUGCUGCUCAAGUCUGAGUAUCGCCAUCCAGCGACUGUUAGGCGCGGUACUUCGACACUCCUCGAGGGCACUGCCCAAGCCAAACAAUCCAUUCGUGCGCCGGGGGCUGUAUCGGAUUCUCGACAAGGCCAUUACCUCGCUGCCAGUAUUGGCCGGCGCCUCGCCAUCUGCAGGUGGCUGCGGUCCCAUCCUGCCCCCAGCCGAAGUGCCCUGCGGUCAAGCGCUGCCUUGGUUACCCCAGACGGCGCUCAGCUGCUUGCCCGACUCGUGACGGCCGACUCGCGCGACGGAUGCCGCUGCCCGCAUUCCCACCUGUCCGAGUACCGCCCAGAGGAGAGAGGCGAGGCAACCACAUGGAUCAGAAGCUUUGUCAAGCGGUAUGUCCCUGACAUUGCGUCCAACGAGCUCGUGGUGUGGGACACCCUGCGAUCCGUCACCUUCGACACCAUGGGCCUGGUGCAUGUCUGCCGAUUCUGCUCCACGGCGGGAAAACGCCCGCAGUCGGAGCAGUCUACCGUCACCGUUCUGGAGAGACGAUCCUUCUGA